AAACCUUUAGUUUCUGCCACAUUUCCGGCAUCCGGGAUUUAAUCUCAGGCUGAUCGUCCUGUAAGAAACUCUGAAUCAGUGUCUUUGUAUUUGCCCGAACUUUUCUGGAGGCAGGAGAACAGCAGACAUCGGAAAUCCAGCUUGUUUUGGGGCUGAUAUCUGAACGGUCAGUUCACCCCCAACAGCAGCAGCAGCCCGACCGGUGCAGGCAGCGCUCAGCACCAUGGAGAGCAACGUGGUGCGCAUCUUCAAAGAGGACAGGUGUCCCUCAGGCCAGCUGGAGGAGUGUUUCCCAAACUUCACCUUGCCAUCCGGCUCGUUGGACAUCUUAAACUAUACACUCAACGGCACCUGGGAUGCUGAACCCGAGCCCAUGUCGCCCAUCAUCCCCAUCAUAGUCGCAGUGUACUCCGUGGUGUUUGUGGUGGGCUUGGCGGGCAAUUGUUUGGUGAUGUAUGUCAUCAUUAGAUACACCAAAAUGAAAACAGCCACCAACAUCUAUAUCUUCAACCUGGCUGUGGCCGACGCCCUGGUCACCACCACCAUGCCUUUCCAGAGCACCGACUACCUGCUCAGCUCCUGGCCGUUUGGCGAGGUGGCAUGCAAGGUCUUCAUCUCCAUCGAUUACUACAACAUGUUCACCAGCAUCUUCACCUUGACCAUGAUGAGCGUGGACCGCUACGUGGCCGUGUGCCACCCGGUCAAGGCCCUGGAUUUUCGCACGCCCGUCAAGGCCAAGAUCAUAAAUGUGAUCAUAUGGGUGCUGUCGUCUGCUGCUGGGAUCCCUGCCAUGACGCUCGGCGGAACGAAGACCAACAACGGGACUACAGAGUGUGCCCUGCAGUUCCCUGAACCCUACAGCUACUGGGACACCCUGAUGAAGAUCUGCGUCUUCAUCUUCGGCUUUGUGGCACCCGUCAUCAUCAUCACCGUCUGCUACUCUCUGAUGGUCAUGCGGCUGAAGAGCGUGCGCCUGCUGUCAGGCUCGCGCGAGAAGGACCGCAACCUGCGCCGGAUCACCCGUCUGGUUCUGGUGGUGGUCGCCGUCUUUGUGGUGUGCUGGACACCCAUCCACAUCUUCAUCUUAGUCAAGGCGCUGUCCGGCAACGUUCCCGAGACCACCGCCGUCAUGGCCGCCUACUUCUUUUGCGUGGCACUGGGCUACACCAACAGCAGCCUCAACCCCAUCCUCUAUGCCUUCCUGGAUGAGAACUUCAAGAGGUGCUUCAGAGACUUUUGCUGCCCAGGCACCCAAGGACAUGGAGACUCUCACGGGGUGAGCCGGGUGAGGAGCACUUUACGGGACCACACGUGUCCCACAGAAGCGCGGGCAGAUAUGAGGCAGGCCAGACCCGUAUGA